AUGAUGACAUCAACUCCACCUGGAAAUAACACAAAUUAUAAGAAUUACGCGUCUUCUUCGUUAUUGUAUAGUGAUGGACUUUCGAGCAAUUCCAAUGCGUCAGAUCCGUUGAAUUUUGAUCACGAGCAAUUUUUUGCACAAACCCAAGACCAGUCCCAACAAAAUGAGCAGCUUGCAGAUUCCAAUGAUCUUAUGGAUUUCGUUCCUAUUUCAAAUAAUAUAGAUACCACAAGUACACUACAAUUUACCGGACAAGGCUUGGAUGCUAUUAACGGUCAGACGAACGGAGCUUCUGCGAUCAGAUUUCCCGAAUCAUUCUCCAAUUCCACCAUUUCAUCGCUAAACUCAAUGGCAAAUCAGGUGAAUCCAUCGGCAUCUUCUUCCUCCGUAAGCAAUAACAACAAUUAUGCCAUUAAUGGUAAUCAUACACCUCUGCGCGCUUCCACAAGUCCCACGGGACUUCGGAGUAAGUCAAUGAUUACCAUAACCACAACACCAAUACAGACACAGACUCGGGCUGAUGGUUUACUGACAACCCCAAGGAGACGCAGAGCCAUUUCAAAUGCAAGUAGUAUACGCAGAAUAUCAAGAUUAGCCGAGAAGUCGCCAAUGAAUGGAAAUAAUCCUUUUUAUACUCCUCCAUCAUUCUUAUCACCAAAAAUUCACAAGCAUCGGAAGCAAACUUCUAUCUCUGCAUCAAUUUCUUUGAGCCACCUUGACACUGAUUUUCAGCUUCAGCAACAAUUUCAACAAAGGCAUGCCGUUGGCUCUCCGAUAACAACGCCGUUGAGAACACCGGGUGCAUCAUUAGACGGGUCACAUGAUGGCUUAGUGGAUCCAGAGGAUCGGGAAUAUAAUCAUUACGGUGAUUCAUCUGGCCCUUUUAUCGCACCUUCGCUGCUUAUAAAAAGCAAAAGCAACGUGGGUCUAAGUUCAACGGACUCAAAGUUUGGUGGAAAGCUUUCAGAUUUGGAAGCAUACUCCCAGAGGCGAAAACAACUACAGUUGCAAAUGCAGAUGCAGCAGCAGAAGGAAACACAAAUUCUUCAGCAAGCCAAUGGCCAGCACAAGAAGUCGAGUUCAACACCUUCAGAUGAGGAGUUGUUACAAGCUUCUAAUAACUUCAUCAAUCCGGAAUUUUUGGAAAAUCCUCAAGAUAUCAUGCUCUUAAUUGAUUCCAACAAUGUGGAAGAUGCAUCAAAAAGAAAAAAUGGAAUAAAGCAAAAAUCUAGCUACCCGAACUUGAAUUAUGGAUAUGAACUUCAGAGAACCCAAAUGAUGAAUAAUCGACUCCCGCGCACAAAAUCCAUGCCACCGAGGAACGUUUUGAGUAAUGGCCGGUUGCCACAACGGGGGAGUCGUUUCAGAAUUACUCGCUCUAGAUCUUCGAUGAAUUUGAGUGAAAUCGCUGCGUCGAAGGAGGCCAAGAAUGCAGCUUUGCGUAAAGCAUCGGUAGGACAGCAUCAAAAUUUCCCAAUUUCGGAGUAUCCUGAGGUGGAUGUUUUACCUACUGAAAUGCAACUUGAGCAGUCACCACCAACUGAUUUAAGUGGAGCCACAUCGUCGUUGUCAAGUAAUGUUUACACUGACGGAGUUAAUCCACUGGAUCAAUAUCUAACACCACCUACGACGGCAUCAUCAAAAGAAGGUACAAAAACUGUCACGUUUAAGACGGAGGAAGAGCAGGAGGAAAACGAUACUAGCUUGGAGAAGACAUCGAAAACGCACUCCAAAAGAAGUAAAAGGCAGACAAAAGCAAAGUCUAAAAAGGCAACGACCCUCGUUCUUACCGAUUUUGAAAGGUCAAAAUUGGAUUUACCACAACAAUCUGCUCGUUCCAAAUCUAGAUCUAGGAAAGGUGGAAAUGAUAGCAAGAAGAUUCAUGAAUGUCCGUUGUGUCAUUCAAGAUUUCAGAGACCUGAACAUGUCAAACGGCACAUGCGCUCACAUUCUUCUGAGAAACCAUUUGCUUGUCCGCAACCCAAUUGUAACAAACGCUUCAACCGGAAGGAUAACCUCAAACAGCAUUUGCGCAAAAUCCAUGGUCUGAAGGGGUGA